UUGGACUGCGGCGGGCGCGCGCUGCGAAGCGGCUUCGUCGACGCGCACGCGCACGUCGUCACGGGCGGAUUCGCGCUCGACGCGCUCGAUCUGCGAGGCGUGCGGUCCAAAGAAGAGUUCAUAGAGACCCUCGCGCGAGCGAUCGACGCUGGGAAGGAAAAAUGGGUGCUGGGACACGGUUGGGACGAGACGUCGUGGGGCGGCGAGACGCCGUCGAACGCGUGGACGCGCGGCGACGAACGAUUCGUCGGAGCGAAGGUGUGGGUCACGCGGACGUGCGGACACGUCGGAUUCGCGAGCGAGGCGGCGUUGGAAAUCGCGAAGAUCACGGGCGCGAAGACGGUGAUCGCGGGUGGGAUCGUGGAGUUGGACGACGAGGGGGCGCCGACUGGGAUUCUAAAGGAGUUGGCCACGGCGGCGAUGUCGAACGCGGUGCCGAAGCGGUCGCGGAGCGAGCGCGAUGAAGCGUUUAAACGGGCGUUUGAGUACUUACUCAGUAAAGGAAUCACGACCGUGGGUGAUUUCGGGGACAUCGAGAGCUUGGUGGCGGGCGCGGAUGGAUACGCGCAGCUCUGGGAAGAUUUUGAGACGCUCGAGCGAUGGGACGCGGUCGGCGACCUUCCGAUUCGCAUCACGUCGUACAUGCCACUCGGGGACUGGGCAAGCGUUCAAUCCCACGUCGCGUGGAACAGUGGUUGGACGCGAGAGAAUGAGACCGCGGCUUCUCGGGUUCGAUUGGGCGGCGUCAAGGCGUUUCUCGACGGUAGCUUGGGCGGGCGAACCGCGGCGAUGAUGGCGCCGUAUCUAGACGACGGGUCGACGUCUGGACAUUUGAUGUACCCCAGAGGUAAAAGAGAGAAAAUUUUGCGCAAGCAAGCCACUCUCGCGGACGCAGCGGGUCUUCAGAUCGCCGUGCACGCCAUCGGAGACGCCGCGGUGGAACAAGCGCUCGAGCUCCUAGCCUCGAUCGAGGCCGCCAACGGCGAGCGUUCGCUGCGGAGAUUUCGAAUCGAGCACUCGCAGCACUUAACGGCGCCAAUCGAUGGCCAACCCAAACGAUUCAAGAGGCUCGGCGCGGUGGCGAGCGUGCAGCCUGCGCAAAUAGCGCUCGACGGGCGAAGCGCCGGGGAAAAGCUCGGCGAGGAACGAGCGAGCAGAUAUUACGCUUUGCGGACAUUUCUGGAAAACGGCGUGCCUCUUGCCGGCGGUAGCGAUUGGCCAAUCGUCAGCGCUGACGUCUUCGCCGGCAUGCGAGCGGCGGUGGAGCGCGGAGACGGACACGAGAGCCAAAGUCUCACGGCCGAGGAGGCGACGACGAUGUUCACUCGCGGCGGCGCGCACGCGCUCACGUUGGACGGUCUCGUCGGUACUAUGGCACCCGGGGCGUUCGCUGAUUUUAUAAUUCUCGAUAGUUCUAGCGAUAGCGACAUCGUCGCCACGUACGUCGGUGGGAAA